AUGGCAACCACCACUACGGCCGGGUCGCGUGACUCGCCACUGCCUCCCAUCUCCAAAGAUGAAGCGUUGAGUCGCCUCGGGCUCAAGGGCGAGAAGCCUGCUGCUCCCGCUGGAUACAAGAUGGCACCAGGUGCAUUGACGUCUGCCUACAGUCUCGGUGACUACGCACGAUUCUUCGCUUCGGGUGCCCUUUGCGCGACGCUCACGCACGGAGCCAUGACGCCCAUUGAUGUCGUCAAGACGAGGAUCCAGCUCGAACCCAAGGGCUCCAAAGAAAGCAUGCUCUCCAUGGGCCGCAAGAUCAUCUCGUCCGAGGGCCCCGCUGGUCUGCUCACCGGUUUUGGUCCCACUGCCGUCGGUUACCUUAUUCAGGGUGGUGCCAAGUUCGCUGGGUACGAGUUCUUCAAGAAGAAGGGUGUCGACUGGGCGGGCAGCCACGAAGCCGCUCAACAGUAUCGCCAGGUAAUCUACCUCGGCGGUGCCUCUGCUGCCGAAGUCAUCGCUACCACACUCCUCACCCCCCUCGAAGCCGCACGAAUCCGCCUCGUCUCGGAACGAGGCUAUGCAAAAGGUCUCGUCUCUGCCAUCACUCGCAUGGGCGCCGAAGAGGGUUUCGCCGGAUUCUACGCCGGCUACGCCCCCAUUCUCUGCAAGCAGGUCCCCUACGCCAUUGGUCAGUUCGUCACCAACGAGUGGGCGCACACCACUGUCGACGCGGCCAUCUCCAAGGAGGAACAGGCCAAGUACGGCAAGGCCGGCGAGGUCGGUAUCCAGCUCGGAUGCGGUAUGGUUGCCGGUGUGGCUGCUGCCGUUCUCUCGCACCCUGCAGACACUCUGCUCAGCAAGAUCAACAAGGGCGGAGGAGGAAAGGGCAGCGCCAUGACCAAGCUCUUCCGCCUUGCCCGCGAGACUGGUCCCGUCGGUAUCUGGGCCGGUCUCGGCACCAGGAUAGUGAUGACAGCGUUCCUCGUGUCUGGCCAGUUCCUCCUCUACGCACAGAUUGGGCAGCUGAUUGGCAAACCACCCGGCAUCGAAAUCCGUUCCGACAGCGAGAAGCAGUCGUAG